CCUGGUUCUUGUGUAAACUUCGACUUGUAAUAUGCAAAAGGAUAAUAUUUCCUUCAUUUACAAGUAAUUUGGACAAUUUUAGUGCAGAUAUUUUUGUUAUCAGACUAUAACAAUAAACAAUAUGAGUAUCCCAGGUGUUGAAGGGGGUAAUGAUAAUAACAAAUCGUUCCAAGAAGUAAUGCAACGAAGUUUUCGUGUAUCAGACAAUUCUUCUGUUCUGAAUAAAGAUUUAGAUUAUCGCCCUGCACCUGUAAUGAGCGAUUAUGAUGAUAGUACUAGGUUUACACAAGGUAAUGUGUACGAUAGAACAAGGGGUAGCAGGAGUAGUUUUAAUAAAAAUGAUAUUCGACCUCCUGGAACAGAAGAGUACAUUCAGGAAGACAAUGUAUUCCCAGAACAAACAUAUAGGAAACGUACUUUUCCUACUCCUGAAACAAAGACUGAUUUAAACGAAUCUGAAUUGGGUUCUAAGGAGUCUCAGAUAGAUACAUCUUUGACUACCUCACCUAAUGAUCUUAAUGUUCCCCCUAUUCCUCCUAAAAGGUCAAAAGAGGACUCCUGUCUCAAAAUUGACUAUAGUCCCAAAUUUAAAUUCUCUUGUCCCGAUAUUACGGACCAUUCGUUACCAAACGAAUUAAAGUUGCAAUUUCAACCCCUAUUCUGUAAACUAUGUUCAAUGACUCUGUCAAGUAACACAAUGGCUCGGCUGCACUACGUAUCGAAAAACCAUAAUAAAAAAAUUAAAAACUGGCUCAUACAGUACUCCGAACGAACCGGUGAACCCUUGCACCCCCGAGUCACUAGCGAAUCUAAGACUAAUAAAAAGGACCAGAUAGAGAAUCCGAGUUAUUACUUCUGCAGCGCAUGCAACCUACCCUUAACUGGGAAGUUACACUCUGAGUCUCAUUACAUGGGGAGACAACAUCAAAAAAUCGUAAGCGAAAGUAGACAUGCAAGUGGCGCUGUGGUGGUGGCUAAUUAUCCGGAAAUUUUCGACAAUAAGAGCACGUUGCCCUUUUUGAAGGAAGGUUGUGCAGAUCCCGCGUUCCCCAAUGCUGACGGUAAUGUCCCCGGGGACUCUAAACGGACUAAUUUAGCUUGCGAGCUAUGCUCUGUCAGGGUGACUUGCAGGGAACAACUGGAACAACACCUGCAAGGGGCCAAACAUAAAAAAAAGUUAAAGCUAAUCGAAAACAUGGGCUCGGAAAAAGGAAGUCCAGAUUUUGCGGAGUGUCGCACCCCUUCCGGGUCAUUCUACUGUAGCGUUUGCAAAGUUACGGUUAACUCAGCGGCACAGUUCCGAUCUCAUCAGGAAAGCAAAAAACAUCGAAAUAAAGCGAGCGCUUCAAAUAAUGAUGUUUAAUCAUUUCGUAUAUGUAUAAUAAUACGUAUUGAUUGAUGAUUAUGUAUAAAACUGAAGUUUUAUUAAUUUAGAUCGACAAUUAAGUAUUAGUUAAAUUGAUCUAAAUUAGUUGGUUAAACUUGAUAUUGAUAUUAAUUUUAUUGUGUCAAUAAAUUGUGUAAAUUUU